GUUUUAUUAUGUCAACAGAAACAACACCUCGUUUAAACAGUACGAAUAAAAAAUACCCAAAUACACCUAAAAGUCCUUUAAUCAGCAACACGACUGCCAAUGGGAAUCGACAUCCACAAGCUGCUCGAAACCGUCUAUUGUCAAGUAAAAUAUCAGCACCACGUCCGAUUAAUCUCCCUAGUUUGAAAAGAGAACAUGAAGGAACAGAGCAUUCGAAUUCACCUGCCACAGGUUGGGGUUCGAAUACCAGUUCACCCAUGGUUGAAAAAUCCCUACCAGAAGAAACCGCGGUAUCACCUGAACCUACCCGUUCUCCUUCACCACAGCAACAAGGGCGUGCUUGGGCUGUACCAGAAACACAACAACAACAACAAAAAAGUACCCAAGAUUUCCCAACAGCUGCAGAAGCUGCCAAAAAAAUGCCUUUUGUUCAUGAUGAUAGAGAAUAUCUUAAAUAUGCUUCAUCAGACCCAAACCAUACUUCUUGGGAUGAAAUGGUCAGUGAGGAUUUAGGCGAGUUUUCAGUAGAUUAUGUUGAAUUUGAUGAUGGCACCAAAGUACAAGUAGGAGAAACAGUCUCUCCUUCUGAAAGAUUCACAGAAGACUAUGACAGAUCUUACUAUAAACCAUCCAACAGACGUUCUUCUGCUCCAUGGUCAUCAUCACGCUCCAAUACAGGCAGACAGAGCUACCCAAGACGAUUGUCUGAACAAAGUGUCCGAUCCGAUCAUUCAGCAUUGGAACCGGAAGAAAUCACUGCAGCACAAAAGAAUGUGAUGUUGACUGCUGCUGAACGAGCCAAGAAAAGAAGGGAUGAACAGGAAGCUGAAUAUGCUGCUGCUGCUGAGCGAGCAAGACAAAAAGCAGCUGCUUUGGCUGCCAAGUCCACUCAUACGUUUACCAUCCUUCAAAAGAAAACAAAUGAGCCAGACACUGCGAAACCCUCAAAUCAAGAUGAACAAAAAUGGGAAGAUUAUGUCAAAGGUGAUAAACCUGCACAGAGCACGACUUCCAAUGACUGGAGCUCCUAUGCACAUCGAUUACAGGCAUCCACAUCAAAGACUCGUCCUACUGAAUAUGUGGAUUACAAUGAAGCAUGGUCGUCUCCUCCUGCUCAUCAUCAACGCAGAGGAUGGACACGUCAAGAAGAAUUACGCACAAGACGUGUCUCACGCAAUAAACCUAUGAAAGAAGAACAAGUGCCUGGUAGUAUUGAGAUAUUGAAGCCAGAACAUAGAUCUGUUCAAAAGACUACCAAACUGUCUGAUCUAUUAAAAGAAUCCACAUCUCCCAUCUUCCCUAUCUUUAUUGAAAAAUUGGCUGGUAAGAAACCUCCCAACAUGAGUUUCAUGGUCGACACAGAUGAAUCAGACAAGGACAUUACGAUGAUGAAUUGUCAUCAUGCUUACCCUAUGAUUUCCAGCCAACAUUACCCUGUCUUGGUCUAUCCUUCUUCUAAACAACAGGGCAUAAAAGGUAUAUGGCGUAUAUAGUCAGUAUAUGAUAUAGACUCAUUUCUUUUUAUAUAUAUACAUAUAGGCGUCUAUUUAAUCCCUCCUC